AUGGAUCCGGAGUUCUCCGACUCAAGAGACGGCCAUCACCGCGGUGGAGCCUCGAUGGCCUUGAAGAUAUGCAACGUUGGUGUUAACGACAUGCUGUAUUGUCUCUGGAUUAAUCGCGAAGUUUUCUGCCGUCAUUACAAUCCUCGACGCAUUGAGCAAAGCUCAGAGAUGAAAGCCAAGCUGAAGCCUGUCGGAUGA